AAACGUUCAUAUGCAAUUCUGUAAUGUGUAGUCGUGGCGCCGGUGCUGACUUUGAUUUUAGCAGAAUUGACUGCUAAUACAAAUUCAAAAUUCUUAUCGUCAGAAAUCAUUCACACACAUUCAUACAAAUUUAUUAUAAGCUAAAAUAUAUUCUACAGGCUCCGCAAUUCUGCAUUUGUCCGCAAGGUUUUAUCAUGGCUCGAACCCGCGAGCUCAAGAAGAUAAUAGAUGGCGUUUCCUUAGUAGCAAAGGAAGCCGUUCAGUCUUCUGUGGCAAUAAAAUCGCUACAGAAUGGUCACAUUGGGAGCUUCAUUGCUCUUUCGCUAAAUAACCUCGUCAACACUGCUACAGAUCUUGCCGGGCUCACGCGAGGAAAGAUACAUGAGUAUGAAAAGCCGGGGAAAAAGAAGAAAAAUAGCGUCGUUUAUUUCACAGCCGCCUCUGAAAAUGCAGCGGCAAAUGAAGUAAUUAAUGAUUCAGGACAUAUGGUCGAUUUUGAACGGGAAAUUUCUCCGGCGACGGAGAAUUUUGGAAACCCAAAAGAAAUUAGGGCAAAUUCUUUAGGACAGGAGACAGUUGUAGCCGAUUAUGUGGUGGACACUAAGGCAAAGCUGACGCAUUCAGGAGUAAAUCUGGUGGAUUCUGGAGCAGUGGAUUCAAAGCCAACUUUGGCGGAUUCUGGGGCAAACUUGGUGGAUUCUGUGGCAGGAAACGCAGAAGGUUUGAAGGAUUCGAAGAGAGAGGGUGAUGUGACAAAUGUUGGAGACGUGAGGGAUUAUGUGCCAAAUACUGUCAUCAGGAAGUCCUACGUGGCAAGUGCUGGGGACAGGAAAGCUACCGUGUCAGUGCCUGUGAAGAAGCGAAAGCUGCGGGAGAGAAGGGUGCCUGAAACUCCUUUCGGAAGGGCAUUAGGGUUUGCAGGGUUGGGAGCAGGGCUUGCAUGGGGUACAAUUCAAGAGUCGGCAAAGAGGCUUGUAUUUGGAGAGGGUGAUUUACAAGGAGGACAAUCUGCUAUUUCUCCUUUUUUAUCUGAACAAAAUGCUGAACGUCUUGCUCUUGCACUCUGCCGGAUGCGUGGAGCCGCUCUUAAGCUGGGACAAAUGUUGAGCAUACAAGAUGAAUCUCUCAUACCAGCGCCAAUUUUGUCAGCCUUAGAAAUCGUGAGACAAGGGGCAGAUGUUAUGCCAAGAGAGCAACUUAAUAAUGUAUUAACAGCUGAACUAGGUACAAAUUGGCAAUCCAAGCUUAGAAGCUUUGACUAUGAGCCAAUGGCUGCUGCAAGCAUAGGUCAGGUUCACAAAGCAGUUACAAAAGAUGGCAUUGAUGUUGCUGUGAAGAUACAGUAUCCUGGUGUUGCAAACAGUAUAGAUAGUGAUAUUGAAAAUGUUAGACGGCUUUUGGAUUACACUAAUCUCAUUCCAAAGGGGCUUUUCCUUGACCAAGCUAUGAAGGUGGCAAAAUCAGAACUUGCCAGGGAGUGUGACUAUGAGUUGGAAGCGGCAAACCAAAAGCGCUUUCGUGAAUUGAUGUCUGGAAUAGAUGGCUUUUAUGUUCCUUUUGUCAUAGAUGAGAUUUCCAGUAAGAGAGUUUUAUCAACAGAGCUUGUUCAAGGAAUGAGUAUUGAAAAGGUUGCGCAACUAAAUAAGGAGACACGUAAUCAUGUGGGGAGAAAGUUACUAGAAUUGACGCUUAAAGAGCUCUUUGUUUUUCGUUUUAUGCAGACUGACCCUAACUGGAGCAAUUUCCUGUAUGAUGAAAGCACAAACACCAUCAACUUGAUUGACUUUGGUGCAGCACAAGACUACUCAAAAGACUUUGUUGAUAACUAUUUGAGAAUGGUCCUUGCAUGUGCCAAUCGGGACAGGGAGACUGUUUUAAAAAUGUCUUGCAGAUUGGGGUUCCUCACUGGGAUGGAAUCUGAGAUCCUGUUGGAUGCACACACACAAGCAGCUUUUGUUGUUGGGCUUCCCUUCUCAAGACCUGGUGACUUUGACUUCAAGUCCACUAAUAUGGCAACCAAUGUCUCACAAUUGGGGGCUACUAUGCUGAAACAUCGCUUAACUCCUCCACCUGAUGAGGUAUACAGCUUGCAUAGAAAACUAUCUGGUGCCUUCUUAGCAUGUAUUAAGUUGGGAGCAGUUGUGCCUUGUAGAGAAAUGUUGUUGGAUGUAUACAAUAAUUACAAAUUCUCAGACGUCGAAGAGGAUGAACAAGAUACCACUUGCUUAGCAUCUGCACAGUAACAAAAUAACAGAUUUUAGAACAGUAUACUAUUUGGUCUGAUUUGCAGGCCCAUUUCUUAAUAAAAUAGAUAUGUGGACGAAGUAUUCACCAUUUUUAGAGCUAAUGCUCCUCAAUAAAGAAAAUUAUAUAGUUUUUUGUUCA